UUUACGUAGUUUCUUUUCUUUUUGAUUCGGUACAAUGUACAAUCAUUUUAAUACAAUAUAUACAAAAUUAUUCGAUCAAAUUCCAUUGGUUUUAACCUGUAUAGUGGUUUGGAUGAUCCUGGCAAAAGAAAACAGAAGCGGUAUAAAAUAAAGUGCAAAGAUUUUUUUUUAUAAAAGCCUUAAUAUAAGAAAAGAUAUUUGUGUCCGAAAAUUUACUCUUCAAACUGUGUUUUAAGUAAAAAAUAAAAAAGGAUAUUAAUUAAAAAUCAAAUAUAGGCUACUAUUGAACAAGAAUCAAAGGAUUUAAGGAUGUUUUCAAUAACGGAAAAAUGGGUACUAAAGCCCUAUGUCAAUUUUCAUGUACAACGGUAAAAAAUCCAUUUUAAACUCUUUGGGGUCUUACAAAGGGUCAUUGUGCUCAGAAAAAUAAGCUUUUUCGCUGUAAACAAUAAUAUCAGCAAUCUUAGCUUCAUUUUAGGACCCAAUUAAAACGAAACAUAUGCUGAUUCACUUUGCUUAGCAGUAUAUAAAUGCUGAAGUGUUGGAUAGGGUGAGGUUGAUAAAAUGUACAACGUGUAGAUAGACUUUUAAAAAGACAGAACCUGACCUCAAACCAGUUGAAGUAUGUGUGUUUGCUGAUAAUUUUAGGUAAAGCAGGACUAGAUAGUAAUUUAAACAAUGCGCACAAGAAGAAAACUUACGGUCUGAAUUAUCAAUGCAAUCAAUGUGACAAAGGUUACAAAGAAAGUCCUUGAAGAGGUUCUACGCCAUCAAACACGCCAUGAAGAUGCCCGAAGUCAGUCAAAAUCCUUUCGAGGAGGCGCCGGAUGUUUCGCUGUACUGCAAACGGCGUAACAUUCAGUUCGAUUUGAAAAAUACGUUCAAAGAUCACCAGCAGUGCCUCCAGGCCGGUGAGAAACAGCUGCAAAAGACGGUGGUGUCUGAAGCUGAACAUUGUGCUUCGGCGACGGUUAAACAGGAGCCGAUGGUAAUCAACGAAACCUCGUCAAAUAGCCACGAAUCACAGCACUACAACUUUCAAGAAUCUGUCGCGGUGAAGCAAGAACCGCAGCUUUGCGACAGCAUCCCAACACUCCCCAUGGAAAUCAUCUUCAAGCAGGAACCGGCCACAAUCGAUGGCGCCAGCUCAUCUUUCUGCUACGAAACGGUGGUGAAAGAGGAAUUAAUUUUCGACGACACUGCUCAAGAGCAAAGCACUAGCCUAGCGAAACCGAAAGUAAAAGCGCGACAGGAAACGGUUCGGAAGUAUGACUGUCUCCGGUGCGAUCGCUCGUUUGGGAAGCAGUUCCUACUGAGAGAUCACACACGAGACCACGUCAACUUGGACACGGAGCGGUACAAGUGUGACGGGUGCGGAAAGUGCUUUGCGCGGAAAGGCAAUCUUGAAGUUCAUAAAAGGGUUCACGAAAAUGACACUCGCUAUGAGUGCCAAACUUGCCACGAGACAUUUACCACCCAAGUGAGCCUGACGAGGCACGAAAGAGUCCAUGUAAUGGACCCAAAAUUCGUGGAGCUUCUGGACAACAUUCCACAGGACGAGAACGGCAAAUCGAUUUGCGCCGUAUGCAAUGCGAAGUUCACACAUCGCGAGCUAGCAUAUUGGCACCUAAGAAGACACAUUAUGAAGGUGGAAGGCCAUUUUUCGUGCAGUGCUUGUGGCCUGCGAGGUUUAACCAGAACUGCCCACCAAGUGCACAUGAAAAGGCACGAAAAUGCAAACGAGGUGCCGGAAGAACGCGACGAAGAUGGCCCAGACGAGGAACUACCCAAUCCGGAUGUCGUUUGCGUGAAAGGUGCUGCAAGGCACUGCAGAACUUGCAACAAAUUUUUCCCAACGAAAUAUGACCUGAACUCACACAUUCAACGGUCGGAAAUCCGGUUCCUCAAGCUGAAGUUAGCUGCCGUAAUUGGAUCUGAUGUGGAGGACAACCGAGAGAAAUCGAACAAUAUCAAAAAAGAUUGUUAAGCUAUCAGUCCAAUGAGGGGAGUUUUUCAUAUGUUUGGCAGGUUAAAGAUUCGUUCUAUUGUUUGUUGUUUAAACUUAUUUUCCGAAACCAUUGAAAUCUCGAUUGAAAUAAACUUGAUUCCUCAGA